ACAUCUCCAGUAAGGUAAAACCAAAAUACUAAUCCGGGGACAGUGGCAGAAUGAGCAGUAUCAAGCUAUUCCUCACCGUUAUAACCCUGUCUGGAGCCGUCGGCAUAGGUUACGGAAUGUGGUCAAUUAUAUCGCCUGGAGAAGAAAGACGGAAGGAGCUUCUCAAGAAUCUGCCCGAAUCGAACCCUGUGCGAAUGGAAGAGACUCGGAGGAGGAACGCUUUGAUGCUUCAGGUGCUGAAGGAGGCAGCGGAAACCAAUGACAACGUCCUUGCUCGAUAUUCCCAGAAAUAAGGAAUUUAGAAAUGCCAACAAGACAAGACAUGCAAGUAACAUGUUCAUAUGGCUGAAGGACAAGACUGAUGAAUCCAUAGAUGCUGGUAAAACAAGGUAUCUCCACAUACAUACAGUUCUUAUGAACUGUAUACCCAACUUUCCUGUUUUCACCUGUGGUAAUUUCCGUAUGUACAUAAAUCCUAGUGAUUAUAAAGGGCUGGACUGAGAGCCUUUAUACCUUUUUUCCUUGGGCAAUAUUCUUUCCUGUAUACCUCUAAGAAGCAGUGUAAAUUAAAAAACGUAUGUUGUGUGUAACCGUCAUCAGUGUGCACUUUAAAUGCAUAUACCUCAAAUUUGACAUUUGUUGAGUAUUCACCUUAAACAAGUGGAAAAAAUGUUAGCUUCAGGCAGUUUUUAUGGUCCCAUUCUUCCAAAUGUGGAAAAUUGUCCUCUGGUAUUAGUAUGUGUGGUUUUUAUUCAAGCUCUUUACCCCCCGCCCCACUACAAUGAGGCAGUGAAGAUAAGUCAGGACAUUAGCAUUCAGCUAGUCUUCAUAGCCAGAAGGAAAACCAAGCAUAUUGCUAUGAAUACCCAGUGUGUUCAUUUUACAGGUGGUGAGCUCUAGAUGCAGUAUUAGUACAAUAAGAACACUAGCUUGAAUGUAGAAGUAAUCGUGUCCUUCAGGACCUGGGGCAGGUCUGGAAAAGAGGGGGAUUGUGGGGAUGGCAGACCAGCCAACGGGGGAAACGGAGGGAGACAUGGCAACCCACUACACUUUUCCUGGUUAAGACCCGUAGGUCACCUCCACCAACCCCAUGCAAACAAGAUUGCACAACUGCACCCCCACCAGUGUCAGAUCCAUGUGUACCAAUAAACAAUACCAGGUGAUAAA